AUGACGUGGAGAGGGCCUAUGGCGGAGACGUCGCGCAUGUGGGGCGCGAUGUGUGCGAGCGCCGACCGCUCCAGUGAGGCGGUCGUGUUGAAUAUGAGCGCCCGAGCCUUGCAGCUGAAGGUGACGUGGACGCCGGCGCCGAGGAGGCCCGCGGCGAAGGGGAGCAUGGAGUUGAUGUGGCCCUGCAGCGGCCAGGGGAACACCAGCACGUGCACCGGCGCCAUGUCCGUUGGCCUCUCCUCCAUCGCCCGGUACUGCUUCUUCUUACCGCUGCGCGUCAAGUGCGUUCCGUCAAAUCCAACUCAGCAAGCGCCGGAGGUUUCAACUUUUCAUGUUGAUAAAUGGGAGCAUCGCAUUCCAGUUUCUGCUAUACUUUACUCGCUGAAGGGCGAGCAUGACCGCCGGCUCCUCCUUUUUCUUUUCCUUCGAAUCCGCUGA